GAAGUCCAUGUAAAAAGACUUUUUACCAAUGACUUUCUCUUAACAUGCUCUCAUCAAACCAAACACAAGUUUUUACCAACCAACCAAAACUAAACCUACAAAAUCCUCUCUUUCUCUCUCUGACUGUUUGCUUUUUGCCAUGGACUUCAAUCUGAAGCAAUGGAGAGAUGAGUCAGAAGGAGAAGAGCAAGAAACGCCAUCUCCAAAGCUACCAAGACUUCUCCUUCACUCUCAUCACCCACCUGCUUCUGCUUCUGCUUCUUCUGCACUCCCCUUGUUUGUACCUGAACCCACCACCAACCUGUCAGCAUACUCUUCUGAUAAUCUUUCAUCCACAAUCUCUGUCACCAAACUUCCCAGGAUGGGGAGCUACUUCAGCUUGGCCCAAUGGCAGGAGCUUGAACUUCAAGCUUUGAUCUUCAGGCAUAUGAUAUCUGGCGCUGCUGUUCCUCCUGAACUUCUCCAUCUUGUCAAGAAAAGUCUCAUCACUUCUUCUCCUUCUUCUUCUUCUUCUUCUUCUCCAUAUUACCUCUGCAACUCUCUUCAUCAGUACUACCCGCAUUACCAAUCACCUCUGGUGCAAUCGGGGUACUGGGGGAGGGCAGCCAUGGAUCCUGAGCCAGGGAGAUGCCGAAGAACUGAUGGGAAGAAAUGGCGGUGCUCGAGGGAUGUGGUGGCGGGGCAGAAAUACUGCGAGCGCCACAUGCACCGCGGUCGAAAUCGUUCAAGAAAGCCUGUGGAAAUCCCCACAUCCACCACUACCAUCACCACCACCACUUACGGCGGGAAUGGUGGCGGAGAAGCACUCAAAACUAACCAUUCCGCUACUGAAGGAGUAAUGGCUACUGCUGUUGGUGGUGGCGCCCCUCGUUUUAGUCUGUCGGAGCCUUCGCCUUCCAAGGAUCUUCUCCACCUCAAUCCAAGGACUUUGGACUCCAUAGUUGAGACAAAGUCUCCAUUUGAAGCUCAAAAUGGUGGCCAAGGGGCCGGCGGUCGCACCCUUAGACAUUUCUUUGACGAUUGGCCUAAAUCACUUCACGAGACGGAGAGUGUGUCUGCCACCAACUUGUCCAUAUCGAUGCCUGGAAACCCAUCAUCAGACUUCUCCUUGAAGCUUGGCACAGGCAAUGGGGACGAGUCUAGGGUUGUGAGUGGUGAAAGGGAGAGGCCUCAAUUGAAUUGGGCAACUGCAUGGGAGACUGGUAGGGUGGCUCCGAUGGGGGGACCAUUAGCUGAGGCAUUGAGAUCGUCAAUGUCCACGUCGUCCCCAACAAGUGUGCUACAUCGACUACCAAAAAGUUCUACCUCAGAAGCUAGCUAUGUUAGCUCUUAAUCAAUGUGUUAUCAUCCACUCUAGACGUAAACUCCUAAACAUGUUCCACUGUCUCGUGCCCUUUUUAGUUAUUCUGAGUUUCUUGCUUUGUUAA